AUGAUAGCUCAUUUUGCUGUAUUAUCAACAUUAUGUUGUAUGGUAAGUCUUUGGUUUGCUUUUAUAACUUUUUUUAAAAGUAUUGUAUUUUAAUAUUUAACUCCUACUCUCAUAGUAAAGUUCAGUAUGAUAUUUUAAAACUUUUAUAGAUUUUUUAUUAGAGUGCACUUUAAUCUCUAAACCAAAGAUUAUAGAUAGUGCUCACAGCCGCAACUUUAAAAUGUAAGCCAGGUGAAGUAUAUACAACCUGUAGUAAAGACUGUCCUCACACGUGUGCUGACGUCAUUGAAGGAUCAGCUCCAAAGUUGUGUGUUCAACGAUGCAAAGAAGGGUGUGUAUGCAAAAAGGAUCAUGCUUUGCACCGAGGACGAUGCAUUCCUGAGGAACAGUGCAGAAGUAAGUCAUUUGCGAUACAAGGGACGAGCUAAAUACAUCGGAUGGAAAGUAUCAGACAAAAAAUGCGAUUUCUUGUCUGAUAUUUUCGUCUCUCAUUUUCCCGCUAUCUUUUUUUUCCUCUCGUUGCCGAUGGCAGUUAGAGAAAAAAAAGAUCGUUGAAAAAAAUAUCAGACAAGGAAUUGCAUUUUUUGUCUGAUACUUUCCAUCCGAUUUAUUUAGCUCGUCCCUUGUAUAAUGCUCGCCUCUAAUUUGACGGCGUAUUUUACCUUUAAAAGUGAUUUUAAAUGCAAAUUUUUAUUUUCAAAUUAAAAAAAUUUAGUUUUAAAUUUAAAAUAUUAUAUUUUUAUUUUUUAAACUUAUUACUAUAUCUUUUACCGUGAAUUUUAAAAAUUUGUAGUUGGCUCUGUAGACUGGGAUAAGGAAAAGAACGCACCAGCAACACCAGACUGUCCAAAGAACAUGGAGUACUCGCAAUGUGGCAGUAUCUGUCCUGAUCCAGACUGCAAAUCGUAUAAGGUAACAAUUACAAACAGUUUUGGUUUACAUUUUGUCUAUAGCACUGUUAACAACAACAACAAUAGAUUUAUUUCAUCUCAAUCACAGUAUAUAGACUUAAAAUAUAUUUAAAAAUAAAAAACUUUAAAAACGCUUUCAGCACAACUUAUGCUUCUCAAACCGCUGUGGACCGCCAUCAUGUCGAUGUAAAAACGGCUAUGUCAGAAAAAACAGUGAUUUUAACGCUGGCUGUAUCAAUGUCAAUCAAUGUCCCUCAAACCCACUGGAUGAUGUCUUCAAACAAUGUAUGGUAAACAUCAUCUUAAAAAGCAAAAGUUUUUUAAAAUUUAAAAUAUUUUGAAAUUGAAUAUCAUUUAUUUAAUUUUCUUCGUAUUUUACAAAAUUCAAAUUUUUUAGUGAGCGAAGACCGUAAGAAACGAGAUACCAAAGCGGAAAACAAAGAAGACGAGUACAGGAAAGAGAAUGGUCCACAAGAUCCAAAAUGUCCCAAGAAUGCUUAUAUGGCCAGCUGUAGUAAUAUCUGCACUCUGACUUGUAGUAACUACAAAACUGUAGGUUUUUGUUAAACUCUAUAGUAAAAUCAACUUACAUUUUUAUUGCUAUUGCUGUAGUAGGGUUGUUUUGACUAUAGUACUAAUGUCAAUAUUUUUGUCAAAAUUUAAAUUUUUAUUUUAAAAAACAGUCGCGAUUAAUAAAAAAAAGUUAAAAUAAUUGUAAUGUAUUCCAGCCACUGUGCUUCUCACUUCGUUGUGGUCCACCAAAGUGUCAGUGCAAAGACAACCACUAUCUUGGAGGACCACAAUUCAAAGAUUGUGUUCAUGUUAAUCAAUGUCCAAACACAACUACUACACCAAAGCCUUAA